AUGCACCGCGAGAGCCAGUGGUCCUUGCAGAAACUGCACAACACAAAGGACGGCAGAUAUUGCGAAUCUGCUGCCAAAUUGUUUGCACGUUAUUUGGAGGAUUACACUGGCCUGCUUCAAGUCUUCCCAGGAGACUUUGAUGCACGCCGAAAGAAGUUUGAGACUCCAGGAAUGGACUGGGAGAAGGAGGGGCCGACGGUGUCCGUGGCUUCGCCUUAUGUGGUGAUGGAGCUGGUAGAAGGCGAGCCUCUUCAUGUGGCGAUGGAUCGGGAGUGGCGGACUCCGUCCAACCAUGCUACAAAGGAUCCACCACCCAUGUCCGUUCACGAGAAGCGCCAGGUGCUGCUCCAGGCGGCAAGAGCCCUUGAGUAUCUUGCGACCUUCGGCUUGAUACACCGGGACUUCCGGGGCUGCAACAUGCACCUGGCGGAGCGCGCGACAGAGAACAGCCCUUGCAAGCUAAAGGUCUUGGACCUCGGCGUCAUGAUCACGGAUGAAGAUUGGCAGCAGUCCAACACGAACGAUGCUGUCCAGGCUUUCCGCAAGCGUGGCGAGACCGAAGAGAAGCGCCGGCGAUACGACUGGCUCCCGUGGGAGGUCCGGAAUGCGGCUGAUGGCCUUGGCCCACCGCUGAACUUUGAGAAGCCAGUUCACUCCUUCGACAUGUUCUCCUUGGGGGUUCUCGCUCUGCACUUGACCAUCGGACGAACGGAGGCGCGCCAGCGCCUCAGCGAGAUGGAGCAUGCAGGUGCCGGGAAAGAUCUCAAGGCGGUGGAGGCGAUGGUCAUUGACACCAGCAUGCUUGGACUGGAUCCCCACGUGCAUUGUCGUAUGUUGGGACCCGCCGCCUCGAGACCGACUCCGAGCGAUGUCGUGAAGUCUAUCGAGGCCCAGCUCCUGCAGCCGCAGAAGCUGCCCAGCGUCAUGCGUCCGCAUUCAGGUGCCCCUCCGAUGGUGCAAAG